AACCAAAGGAGGGAUGUGCGGCGACAGAAAAGGCCGCUGUGCGAAGGGUGAAGAUUUUCUCCAAACCGUGGCGGUUUCAAAACACGUUUAUUUGGACGAAGCAGAGGAGCAGAACAUACGAAUGCAGAUUUCAGUUAUAAGAAAAACUACAGACGUUAUUGUCCGAAUAUGUUGAGGAAACUUUCGACCACAUUCAGACAGUCAAAGACUUCUGUGACAGAGAAGAGAAAUGGACCCUUCAGAGGAAAACAGAACUGGAGAGUAUGAAAGAUAUCAAGGAACAAGCAGACAAAAUCAGUCUUAAGUUUGGUCAUGUUAAAAAUUCAAAGAACAAAGCUAAAGCCUUUGGAGAGUUCCUAAAGAGUGGUUUAACCCAGGUCACAGCUGACUCUAGACGUCAAAAACUGGAGAAGAAACUGGGGGAAGUCCUGAAAAACACAUUUGAGGGGCUGGAGAAACUUGACCACUUUCUGGAUGCAUUGGAGAAACUAACAGUUACCUCAUUAAAUGUCUUCACUGAUCAAAGUGUCCUGCCAAAGGGGGAGAGCCCUGCAAAUGUGCGAUCGGUCAUCACAGCUGCUAGAAUGGCGUCUCAUCUCCUCAUCAACUUUAAACGAAAUAAUGAAACCUUCUUCCUUCCCAUCCUCAAUAAUGUGGAUGUCAUGGCUUUUCAGCUAGACAAAUACAUACAAAUUACACGACAGCUUUGUGAGAAACUGAAUAAAAAAUGGAUGCAGGAUGAGCCUUUAAAGUUCAGUUCGAGUGUAAAGAACUCAAAGAAAAAAAUGUUUAAUAAUUUGAACCAGUUAAGACAAAUCAGAAAUGACCAGAACACCAGGUUAAUGUUCCUUUUUAGGGAAAAUGCUUUGAACUUCAUUGGUUUGUACAGCCAACGUCACUCUGAGGUGAAGCAGUUCUUGUCAGAUCUGGAGGAAAGUGCAGUUCAGCUGGACAGGAUGAAGAAAGGAGCCAGUAUUUCAACUGUAACUGGUAGUUCAGUGGGGAUAGCGGGAGGCGUCUUGUCCAUUGUUGGCAUUGCUCUUGCUCCUGUCACUGCAGGAGUUUCUUUGACUCUCACCCUGACAGGGGUUGGUCUGGGGGUAACCAGUGGUGUCAAUAGUUUGGUCACGGGUAUCACUGAAACAGCAGUUAACGCUUACCAUGGUAAAAAGGCACAAAGCAUUUUCCAGACAUACAUGAAUGAUACAAAGAGGAUUCAAUGCUGUUUGCAGAUGGCCAGUUCGGAGCAGGUUGAGAAGCUUUAUUUUAUCAGUAUGUUCGGAGCACGAAAAGUGGAAAAAGGUAAAACAGUUUCAUCUGUUCAAGUACGCAAAGUUAAGAAGGUGCAAAAGCAACAAGGCACAAGCAAUGUCAAGGAACUUGUGGGUAAAGCGUUAAGACAUGGGAUGUUUGCAGGCCGUCUCGGAGGAGUGGGGAAAGGUAUCGAUUCCCUGGUGGAUGCUGCUAAAGCUGCUAAAGCCCUCCAAAGUGAGGCGGUGGUUACAAAAGCAGUCGGGAUGGGGCUGCAGGAAGCACGAACAACUCGUAGCAUUCCCAACCUCGCUGCAGACUUGCCUGACAUUGGGCAACUGGCAAAAGGGACACCACUAGCACUCUCAAACUCAGCAAGAGCUGGAUUUAUCGCUGCCAAUGCUCUUUUUAUUGGUUUGGAUGUUUUUUUCAUUUGUAAAGACAGCAUAAGUCUGGCAAAAGGGAGCAAGAGUGAAACAUCUCAGCUCAUCCGCUCAAGAGCAACUCUAUGGAAAUCUGAACUCGAGGCCUGGCAGAAGAUUUAUGAUUCCUUAUGCAUAGGAAUAGAAAAGUUUAGAAAGAGCCAGAUCCUGCUGGAGCAACCCUUUGUUCCUUAGUAAUAAUUAGUCUACACGAAAUUUACGAAUACACUAGGUCUAUAUGUAAUAUAAAAUAGUACAUACACAAGUUAAUCUGGUGGUGUCCUAGCUGGCACACAGUUUUAUCAAACUGUUUAGCAUUUACCUAUCAUAAAAAAAAGAAAUACUAGGAAGAUUUUUCCUUAUUUAUUUAGUGAUAAAGUUCAGUUAGAAGCGAAGGAAAGCACAUCCUUCUCCAAAAGAGAAGAUAGGUUUUUAUCAUUUUAUCAUUUACAUUUGUUUUGUUGCCGUAUCAGAGAAUUCUUAGACCAACAUAAAUGGAUUGGAGUACACAUUGGGGAGUGUCAUUCAUUUUAUGUUUUGACAGACUUGUUUUAUAUUGUUGUAAACAUUCAUGUACAUAUUUAAAUGCCAAAAAAGCUUAGUCUGUGAAAUAUUUUAUUUCUUGGGGGUGGAGCAAUAAGACAUUAUAUAUCAGAUAAUAUUUAGUUUAACAGAUACAGGAUUUCAUGAGAUUACAAUGUAUCUUUUUGUGCCGUAUAUGAUGGUCGCAAAUGGAUUUUAAAAAUCAUAUUUUAGUACUGGAUUUUUAAAGAAUGGUUUAUAUAGAUGUAAAUUAAUUUAAUAAACAUAUUAAAAACUUACUUUUAAUGCACUCAACAUGUUUAAAAAAUAUAUGCUAAGAUACAAAACAAUAUCCAAGUCAUGUAAUCCAAUAUUACAUUCAGAGGUCAAUGGUUGAUGGUCACAUGACAGGUUUUUCACACCAUAUUUCUAUUAGAAUUUUUUUGUAAGGUUAAAAAGUCUGUGAUUUGUCCGCCAAAGCAAAUUCUUAUUAUACCUUCAAUUUGAAUAUUUAUUUAUUACACGUUGUUAUAUUAACUUGGCUUCUUUUAUGUAUGUUAACAUUUUAAACAAUGAAAAAACAUAUCAAGAAAUAAAAUAAAACCAACAAGUAAACCAAAAAAGUUUUGAGUAGAAUAUAUAUAAAAAAGUAGCCCUCUGGAUGGUUUUAUAAAUUGUAGUAGCCCUUGCUCACAAAAAGGUUGGAGACCUCUGAUCUAAACCCUGUCCUGGAAACUGCCCCGUACAAUAGUCAUUAAA